AUGGCUGCUCUCCCUGCAGGGAAGCCGACCCUGUACGGCAGUCUGACCCGCCGCGGGCUCAGUACUGAGGGCGUCCCUGACAUCGCUGCCUCCGAGGGCUUCGUGGUUGGGGAAGUCACCAAGAAAAGCAUUCUCAUAUCUUGUCCUCACGAAAAUGUGUCUACAAAGUUCCUGGCCCCGUACACAACUUUUUGUAGAAUUCAUCAGAAAAGUAUUACCUGUCUUGAUAUUUCCAGUGGUGGAGGGCUUGGUGUGUCUACCAGCACAGAUGGGACCAUGAAAAUCUGGCAGGCUGCAAAUGGAGAAAUAAGAAGACUAUUGGAAGGCCAUGUGUAUGAUGUGAAUUGUUGCAGGUUUUUCCCAUCGGGCCUCGUGGUUCUGAGUGGGGGAAUGGAUGCCCAGCUAAAGAUCUGGUCAGCAGAAGAUGCCAGCUGUGUAGUAACAUUUAAAGGUCACAAAGGAGGUAUUUUGGACACUGCCAUUGUGGAUCGAGGAAGAAAUGUCCUUUCCUGCUCUAGAGAUGGCACUGCCCGCCUCUGGGACUGUGGCAAAUCCGCCUGUCUGGGUGUCAUUGUUGACUGCGGCUCUCCUGUCAACGGCAUUGCUGUGAGCACUGCUGACAACUCGCUAAACCUGGGCAUGCCUGAAAAAGCUCCUAGCGAACGUGAGGUUGGGACAGAAGGGAAAAUCCUGCUGCUGGCUCGAGAAGACAAGAAACUUCAAGGAGUGGGACUGCAGAGCAGGCAGCCGGUGUUCCUCUUUGUCGGAUCUGAUGCGUUCAACUGCUGCACAUUCCUCUCAAGUACCUAUAUCCUAGCAGGGACUCAGGAUGGGAACAUAUAUCAGCUGGAUGUGAGAAACACAAACGUUCCAAUCCAGGUCAUCCAUAGAUCAGGAGCACCGGUGCUUUCGCUGCUCCCGUACCGAGAUGGAUUUAUUGCCAGCCAAGGUGAUGGAACCUGCUUUAUUGUUCAGCAAGACCUCGAUUAUGUCCUCGAUCUCACAGAAGCUGACUGCGACCCUGUGUACAAGGUAGCUUCUUGGGAGAAGCAAAUUUACACAUGCUGCAGAGACGGCAUAGUGAGGAGAUACCAACUUUCUGACCUUUAA